GAAUGUGAUACUGGCGCUCCCUAAAGGCACAGCACAAGAGUGUAUUAACAGCUGUAUCUGCUCGCGGAGUUGACGUUUUCCUGAUCCCAGCGGAACUGUCCACUUCAGCACCACAGCGUCAAAUAUCUGCCGCAUCGGAACAUUUUCGUGGACAUCAUCACUCGCUAAAGAUGUGUGAAGUUGCUUGUCCCUCCUUAGCAUUCAUUGGAACUUGGAAGUAAACAAUAAGGUGAUUUGAAGAUGGAGAUGGAUCCCGUAAAGACGCCCACCAAAUUCUACAGCAAACAAUGUCUGUGAUUAAACAGUUACAGAGAAUAGGCAUUUUUCUAUAGGACAGAUCGCCAGGCUACCUUUGUUGGGUCAUGUCUCAGUCAGGUAAAAUCCUUCAUCUGUAUGUGGAAGUGAGGUCUGUAGCUGAUGAAGAAGCAAAAGACCCAGAAGAUAUGGACAAGACAGGCUCCCUAAUGUUGACAGCACCAGACAACCUUCAUCAGUCUCAGAAUACUGGCCAUAACGCCUCACAUGGCCGCAUUUCUCCACGUGGAGUACUGCAUAAAGGAAGCAGUAGCACCCAGAGUUUGGCCUCCAGUAAAUCGACAUCAAGGCACUCAGUGAGUUUUCAGCUACAUCCAGGACAUGAUUUAGAACAACCUGCUGCCCAACACAGUCAGAGCCUGCCAUAUGAUGAGAUAAACCAGUUACUCUCUGCUCUUCAAUCAGGGCCCACUGGAAAUACUUGUCACCCAGUUUGUGCUCCUUCUGAACAUGACCGCUUCUAUCAUGACCACUUCUAUGGAAGGGAAUCUCAUUCUUCAGGGCGGUUUACCGCCCCUCCUACACCCAGUGGAACUCGCAAAGCCUGCAGCCCAAAUAGACGGGGAGAGGAGGGUAAUCGAUCUAUCGCCACUUUCAGUUACAUCGAAAAAGCGAAAAUUAAAUCUGUGGAUGGGCAGGGUAUCUCUUUGUGCCAAAGCGAACCUCAAAAUCCUUUCAACAGAGACAUUAAAAAUCAAGCAAAUAUUAGAAAAAGGCUCAGUGACCCAGUGGGUUUCAACAGCUUGGAAACCAUGAACAGUUGUAGCCCGAAACAUCUUAGUCAAACUAUGGGAAACUCACACAUGGGCACUCCCAGCUUGAGGCGGGCCACUCUUGACUCCAUUGCCAGAGAAGCCACCCAUCGUGCAAUAGAGGAAUUUGGUUCCCCGCAACUCAGGAAGAAACUGGCAGCCAACUGUGCUGACAGAAAGCAUAGCAUCAGGAGAGCAGAGCAACGUCGCUGUAGGUCUUGGUCGGGGUCACCCAUGAUGCCAUGCAGUUCUAGAACUCUGCCCACCAACGCAACACUAAUGGAUCAUGAACCCAACAGUUCUUUGUACAGACUUCCUAGGAGCCCCGCUACAGACCAGCUGUCAAACCAUGCUAAACAGACCUACUUUACAAUGUCACACCUCAGUAAUGUCCAAUCUCAAGAGGUGUCAAACCAGAGGCCUCAAGGACAUAGGUGUCGCCCGAAUUUACCAUCUUGUAAGCCAACGGCUAUUCAACAUGAAUUGCCUACUAUGAUCGUAACUCAACCAUCAUGCAACAAGCUACAUGGUCAUAUGGUGAGUGAUAGUCCCCGGCAGGCCCACAGAGUUAAUUUUAACCUGGCUGACUCCCAAAAUAUGGAGGAGGAAAGAGCCAGUCACGGAAGUGGAAAGAGAAGUGUAUCUCCAGCCACAAGUCUUGAGAUGGCUCGUACGCUAGCCGAAGAGGCCACCAAACUCUCUUUACUUCUGGAGGCCAGGAGAUCUCCGUCCCCAACUCCAUCACUGUCGGACACUGUGAGAUCUGACAGCCCCAGGUUAGGGGACCAUUCCAGAGAGGAUCAGCUCUAUGCAAACUUUCAAAUACAAGAAUACAAGACUGGUCUCCACUUCGGUCACGGAGACCCUUUUAUACCCCACAUAACAGGUUCAUCCCCUCCAGCUCCAACAAAGUUGAACCGUACGGAUGUAAUAUCUUCCUCCCCUGUACGAGACCCAAGAAUAGAACGUGCACAGUUGCCUGGGAAGGACAGCCCUACUCUGCAUCGGCACCAGCCUUCCCAGUACACCAGAGAUAUUCAUAUACCUGGCCAUGAGUGUGUGCAAAAUGAGACGCUCUUAAACCGGGCUCUCAAAGAUAGCCCAGACAGCAGCAGUAGACCUUUAACCAUGACUAACACAGAGACAUCAGUCAGUUGGACCUCUCAGCAAAAGCAUGUGAAAGGGGAGUGCUCAUCCAGCGACAAAGAAAACUUUAAGGAGGUGGAAAAUAAUCAAAGGACCGAUCCGGCUGCACUGGGCUGUCAAGUGAACCAUUUUAGGGUCUCGGUGCGGCACAGUGAGAUGACCGGUGACAAUAGUCCUAACAAGAAACAGAGAGUUACGGCAUCACAGAGCUCCAGUGGAGUGACAGGCAGUCUUUUGGAGAACACUACACGUGAGAAGGACUGUAUAUCUUCAGAGACGUCUAGCAAAACCAGCCGGAAGACUUUGGACAUUGGAAACACAGGCAUUCAGUCUGCAGGAGGAUCGUUUUCACCGCGGCCUUCUCUGCACUCUCAGAAGAUCGCUCGUGCUAAAUGGGAGUUCUUGUUUGGGACCCACUCUGAGAAUGAAACAAAAGGUUCCUUUUCCAGUGGCUGCUCCAGUGAGUCUCCUACACCCAUUCCACCCUCAUCUACACCCCUGUGUCCCAUAUCAGCACACUCAAGACAUUGUCAAUCAACCGCCUCCCCAAAAUCCUCCAGGCAUGAUGUAAAACAUAUACAAGUGGAAGUGAUCAACCACCUCCCUGCAGCUGGCUCCUCCUCUAAGACCUGCAUCAUCAGACGUUCUGUCAAAUAUUCAGAGACAGAUAUAGAUGCAGUUCCCAUGCGCUCUUACAGGGAAACAGACCUGGAUGAGGUGAUGCUGGCAGAACAGGAGGAGGUGGACUCGGCUUUCGGGAGUAUCCGCAGCGUACUGGGCACCUCGGGCACAAGCAGCGCCAGCCCUCUGGAUGAAGUGCUGUGCCCACUUACAGAUGGUGAAGAGGAGCUGCAGGAUGAGGAGGUAGUGAGCUGGGCCAGUGUGAGGAUGCAGGGCGACAAAAAGAGGCAAAAUGCAUCACCUGAGGGGGGUGAGGUGUUUAGCAGAUUAUUGAGAGGCCCCUCAGAGAGCCAACCAGACAGUCACACGACUUUAAAGUCUCCCAUCCCAGUGGACAGCCCCCGCAGAACCUCAUCAGAUGGCUUGGACUCCUUCAGCAGGCACUUUGAGAGUAUCGUGGAGUCGCAUCGUGCCAAGGGUACCUCCUAUAGCAGCCUGGAUAGCGAAGACAUCACCCCAAGUGGACCACUGAUCUUCACUUUUGACUUUCCAACUCUCACCCCUGAGAUCCAGAGCCAGAUCUGUGAAAUUGCAAAGCAGAUCAUUGAACUGAGCUUUGCCCCUCUUGCUCGUUCCGAAUCCCCCAUUGUAUCCAAUACCAUAGAACCUGCAGCUUCUCAGAGCCUGGCAGAAGAGGGCCGGAGAGGUGUGCUUGAAGAAGAGAAGUCCUUCAGUGGAUCCUGCUCUGAUAAAAACCCCAAGCCUGAUUCUGACACAGAUGCUGCCAUAAGAGAAAGGCCAUCGCGGUCGGUGUCCGAGUCGGGUCCAGGGGUGGCUGAAAGGUUGGCUGUGGGCAGCACUGAAACUCUGACUAAUGGCAACAAAGCAGACCUCCAGGCUGCCAAACGACUGGCCAAACGCUUGUACAAUCUCGAUGGAUUCAGGAAGUCAGACGUGGCACGACACCUGAGCAAGAACAAUGAUUUCAGUCAUAUGGUGGCAGAAGAAUAUCUGAGUCACUUUAACUUCACAGGGAUGACAGUGGAUCAGGCUCUGAGAGUGUUUUUGAGAGAAUUUGCCCUAAUGGGUGAAACACAGGAGAGGGAGAGAGUACUUUCACAUUUCUCUAGAAGAUACCUCCAGUGCAACACAAACACGAUACUGAAUGAAGACAGCGUUCACACUUUGACUUGUGCCUUGAUGCUGCUCAACACUGAUCUGCAUGGUCAUAACAUAGGGAAGAGGAUGUCCUGUACGCAGUUCAUUAGUAACCUGGAGGGACUAAAUGAUGGCCAAAACUUCCCUAAAGAACAUCUCAAGGCUCUCUACAACUCUAUCAAAAACGAGAAGCUGCAGUGGACAAUUGAUGAGGAGGAACUGCGGAAGUCUUUCUCAGAGCUGGACGGCAGGAAAGACUCCACGUCUCACACCAUGAAGCGCGUCAGCAGUGGAGGAAACCCUCUCGUCAGUGUGGCGCAGCAGUCCAGCGCUCAGGUCUACAAGAACGGCUUUCUUGUACGGAAGGUUCACGCAGAUCCUGAUGGGAAGAAAACUCCACGAGGCAAAAGAGGCUGGAAGACAUUCUAUGCUAUUCUAAAAGGGCUGAUCCUCUACCUGCAAAAGGAUGAUUAUCGUCCAGAUAAGCAGCUGUCUGACGAGGACUUAAAGAACGCAGUAUCUAUCCAUCAUUCUUUAGCCAUGCGGGCAGCAGACUACAGCAAGAGGCCUAAUGUGUUUUACCUUCGCACCGCUGACUGGAGAGUCUUUCUCUUUCAGGCCUCUAACGCGGAGCAAAUGCAGUCUUGGAUCACACGUAUCAACACAGUGGCGACAAUGUUCUCCGCUCCUCCUUUCCCUGCAGCCAUUGGCUCCCAGAAAAAGUUUAGCCGCCCUCUUCUGCCAGGCUCAAGCACCAAGCUCUUACAGGAGGAGCAGCUUAAAUCUCACGAGACACGUUUUCGAUCCGUUUCCGCUGAGCUGCAGGAACUGCGCUCGUCACACCAGGACCGCAAGAUUAAAAGCAGAGACCAAGAAGAGCACAAGCAAAGAGAAGAGUAUCUGGAUUUUGAGAAAACACGCUAUGGAACGUACGCCAUGCUGCUGAGGGCUAAGAUUCGCACCGGGGAAACAGACUUGGCGGCAUUCGAGUCCCGUUUGUUUGAAGACAGUGGGCUACAGAGGGCCCAUUCCAGCCCCACGUUACCCCAGGACAACAGCCAUGCCAGCAGCACCAAAGAGUCCAGCAGGAGUAGCAGCAGUAAGAGAGUCAAGCGCUCGGACACAGGUCAGAGACACAGCUACAGACAGGCUGUCAAACAGUGAGGACUGAGUCGUGCACAAUGGGCCGAUGUGUCCCAUCAGGUCUUAUUCAUCUCGAUCCAGGGGCUGAAUAGAGUGUUACCAGGAUGCCUGGAGUUACACUUGAUGGCUCUUCUUAAGGCAUCGUGAAUUGUAACGGUUGGGGUUAGUAGACCACAGUGACGAGCUUUCGCCUUCAUGACCGCUAUCUUUGGGUAUCGGUGAGGUUUGCUUUUCUGGUCAGUAACUGAAGGGCCAGAUCAGUCAAUGGUGGCAUAAGGAGCACCAGCCUCACAUUAUGUUACUGUUGGUCUUUGCAACAUGUUAAAUUUAUCACUGGGUAUUUCGCUUGUUACAUGUUGGUUUAAAUCAUUUUUUUUAACAAGCUGAAGUGCAGAACAACAGAAUCAGUUGCUGUGUUGCUGGAAGAGAGAACCAAACGAGAAGUACAUUUUUAUAGAACGUAAACACAUAUUGUUCAUAUAUAUCUAAGCAUUGUAGAUUUUGCUUUUUAGACUAUCAUUUCAUUAUGUGAGGUCGAUCAAGUCAAGAAGCUUUAAAAGCGUAUGGAAGUUUUGCCUGUAUAGUCCUUUAAAAGUUCUUAACGCACGUCUCAAAGCAUGCCUAAGAUGUUUGAAGACAAUCAGCUUGUCUUUUGGUACAAAUUACUACGAAUAUAAAUGUGUUUUAUUUUCUUUAUGCCACGUCGUCAUUUCAACAUGAUAAAAUGACCAGCAAUGUGAAACGGUUAUUUAAAAGCCAUCAUAAAAAUGAUCCCACCAUAUAAUUUGGUGCAAUGUCUGAGAAUUUUGUAUGUAAAUAUGUUGGGCUUGAGGAUGAUGCAAAAUCUGUCAAAAGUAAACCCUUGGAACUUGGCUAUUCCAUUGUAUUCUCAGGCACUCAUUUUCAAAUUUUAUUCAUACGCAUUCCACCACCAGAGGGGGCAGUAAAUCACAUACUGUAUACAGUAAUACCUCGAUUGCAUUGAGACCUGUUUCAAGAACAAGCGUCAUUGGACAGAAAUAAUUCUGUUUACAAACUGAUGGUCACAGAUUGUGUUAAAAUGUGAAUAAUUGUUUUAUAAAAAUGUAAACUCUUAUCAUCCUAUUGAUAUCAGAAACAUGAAGAAUCCAAGAAAUUGUAAGACUUUGUAAUUGUAAAACACAUUAAUGCAAAUUCAGGUCAUGAAUAUCUGUUAGCACCGCCAAAAUAUAUAUUAAGUUCAGACAAGCGCAGUGAAUUAGCAUGUUGAUUUUAACAUUCGAUUUAACUGGGACCCAAAUUCCAUCAAUGGCACGUCAAUAGUGUUAUGGCUAAAUAAUAAGUGUAUUUAAUAAAAAGAGUUAUUUAUAUAUUUUGAACAUUUAUAAUCUGUCUUGAGUAUUGACUUGGUUUGUGUGUGUGUGUGUGUAUAUAUAUAUAUAUAUAUAUAUAUAUAUACAGGAUCUGUACAGGUUUUAAUAGGGUACACUCAACCACUCAAAGUAGUUUGGUGUCACCCAGAUAUUUUGCUGUACUUCUAACUUAUUUCUAGUUUUUGUUUGUGUGUUAUAGAUUUUUUCUGUAUAAACUGUGAAUAUUAUGUUAGAA